GCCGUGAGGCCAUCGACCAGACCCCCAGUUAAUUACUCUUUUUAAUCUUUUCCAUCGAUUUCCGAAACAUGCAGGAGGAACUCCUUCUCCAGAAGCCCUCACUGAAAAACAUCUCUGGCUGCCCUUUGGAGAAGAUUAUGAGCCCACAGGAGCGGCUAUCUGGACGCCAAGCCCCCACGGCCAUGGCUGACACCAUCUUCGGCAACGGGAGUGACCAGUGGGUGUGUCCCAAUGACCGCCAGCUUGCCCUUAGGGCCAAACUCCAGAGCGGCUGGUCCGUGCACACCUACCAGACGGACAAGCAGAGGAAAAGCCAGAGCCUCAACCCUGCCGAGUUGUCGACCAUCCUGGAGGUGAUCCAGAGGGCCGAGAAGCUGGACGUCAUCGAGCAGCACAGAAUCGGGGGCCUGGUGGAGCGGCUGGAGAACAUGAGGAAGAACGUGAUGGGAAACGGCCUGUCUCAGUGCCUGCUGUGCGGAGAGCCGCUGGGGUUGCUGGGCGGAACAGCCGUUUUCUGCCGGGACUGUAAGAAGAAAGUCUGCACCAAGUGUGGGAUUGAAACCUCCGGCGGCCAGAAGCGACCUCUGUGGCUCUGUAAGAUCUGCAGCGAGCAGAGAGAGGUCUGGAAGCGGUCGGGUGCCUGGUUCUACAGAGGACUCCCCAAGUACAUCUUGCCACUGAAGACUGCCGGCCGGACGCACGAAGCACACUUGAGGCCCCUGCAGGUCGAGCUGCCCCCCUACCAGACCACAAAGAGCCCCCUGGCCAGCCGCUCCUACACCUGGGCCAGGGGAAAAGUGGUCUCCAGCGACAGCGAAAGUGACUCGGAACCGAGCUCGUCCAGUCCGGAUGAUAAGCGUUCCUCCCGAAGGAACAAGGACUCCAAGAGCGAUACUCCCCACGGGGAAUCGGGUCUGAACGUCAAGACCCCGAGGGCGGCAGGAAGCGGAGCGUCGGGCGCCGCCUACCCCGAGAGCCGGACCGGCCGGGCGGGCCCCGAGCCCGGGGGAGGCCACGGCGCAGCAGAUGGUGGGACUGGGGACCCACAGGGGCACGCCUCGGACAGGGAUGGCGGCAGGAAGGCUCCCGCUAGAGAGGAGAACCGCAAGCAGAGGGUAGUGCAAGGCAGCUUGCCCCGACAAGCGUGUGCCACCAUCCGGAUCCCAGGGCGAUGGGGGCACUAACCUGAAGGAAUCCACCUGACCUCUCAAGGCAAGAGACGCCCACAGACAGGUCCAAGUUGCUGAUGGAAGCCCAAAACCCGCCUCAACCCGGCAGUCUGGACGUUAGUGUUAACCUGGACACAAUUUUGAGAGUCCCAGACUGGAACUUUUGCGCUCUGGGCACUGAGCCAGAAUUAUUGGACAGACUGUGUGUCAUCAGAAACCGGGGACCAGGACCCCUCCCGUUACAAGAUAAAUAGGUUGGAUCUGACAGAGGACAACUCCCGGAAGAAUGCUUUUUGCCUCUUCCCAUUCCAGCCUCCCUCAAAGAUUUCUCUGGAUCAGUGAAUAUUGAUCCAUGGUAUCUGAGCACUUACUGUGUGCAGAGCACUGUACUAAGAGCUUGGAUGGGGGGCCCUUGUCACUGAGGGUGAUGAAGUGUUUUGAAUUUGAAGCUUCAGGGCAGGACAUCUAAGUGUGUGGUUGGGGUAACUGAGGAUUGACCAAGGUUUGUGGAAAAUGAAAUGGAGUUGUCAAUACGGUGGCCUUCCUCCUGAGGGGAUUCUAGGUAAUGAAUCCCCUCUCCCGGGCUUGUCUGAGCGAGGUCUUCCCCAGCCAGGCAUCCCCCAGCCUUCAGGGUUAUCCUCAGCUAUUCCCCAGCCUUCUCUCCUGUCCUGAGAUUCAGACCGUCCUUUGGCUUUCUCUUCCAUGUGUCCUCAGGGCACGGAGGAGGUGACCCUUCUCAGAACCACUCAGUUGGGACUGAUCUGUCUACAUGGGUGAUGUCUGUGAGUGGACAUUGACAAAACACCAGCUUAUAGAUUUUCUCUUCUGCGAGGGAAAAAAAAACCCAUCAAAGCACUGACUUUCCUAGAGCCUCCCCAAAGCUUGGGGAAAACAGCAGGAACCUCACCAAAGAAACCCCAGGGAAACCAAAGGAGGUAUCAAUGCAGAAUUUGCCAGACCUUUUCAUAGCAAUUUCAACCUUUCCUCAGCAAACUCAAUUGAGCAAAGCAGACCGCUCCUGCUGCUGCCAGAACGGCAAGCGGCCCUGUGUUUUCAGGCUUGCUCUUUGUUCUCUCUACCUGACUUCUUAUCUCCUUUACUUUGUAGAGUUCCAGUGUAGUCACCCUUCCUCAGGGAGGAUGGAGAGUCAGAAUUGAGUCUGUACGCACUGUAAAAUCACCUCUGUGUCCUGAACAGCAAACCUACAUUUUUACCCCCUGGCUAGCUAAUCUCUUCUCACUCCCCAGUCGAGGUGCUUUGUAUGGUUCCUGAAAUACUUCAUUUUUCUUUGGGGCA